AUGAAUGACAGAAUUCGGCUUAAAGCCAUCGAAAUGCAUAAUUACCGAAGAUCCAAUCUGGCCAUGGGGAAGGUACGGAAGAAUAAUGGAAACUAUCUUCCAUCAGCAGCAAACAUGAUAAAUCUGAGAUAUGACUGCGACUUGGAAACUUCGGCCAGACUGUCAGUGAACAGAUGUUCUGAGUCGACGGAUCCAUCCCUCCCAAGUGACGUGCAAGAAAACAUCCGCGGCGUCCAGAAGUCCAUGGCUCGUUACCGUGUCAAUGCCAUAGAGCUAGCCGUCAAACAUUGGUGGAGUCAAGUGCGAAUGGUUAACGGCAUUGGGAUGGCAGUCACGUACAGAGCAAUGCACGUGGGUAGCACAAUCAGCUAUUUCACCAGGGUAAGACGUUUUUAG